CAAAUCGCCUUCUUCCUUCCUUCAUUUAAAAUUCAAACAAACAUAACCAUAAAACCUGAUGUUUUUACAUAUUUCUACCUUCAAAAUACCUAUAUAAUUUAGCUUUGAGCUAAUUAUUAUUGUGCCUAAAAUCUAGAUCUUAAACUUCAUCUAGAUCUUUGUUAAAUAUAAUUCUUAUAAGAGUGUCCCGUUAAAAAUCUAAUAAAAUCAUGGAGAUAACAAGAAACAAUUUCUUAGACCAGCUGGAUAACAUCACCAGAAAUAUAAAACGAUCGUGUUUCAUUGGGUUUGAUGCUGAAUUCAGUGCUUUAUUGAGUGGAGAAAAAUACAAAUACAGGUUAUUUGAUACAAAUGAGGACAGGUAUAAUCUAUUAAAAAAUAAGGCUAGUGAAAUGAUAAUGACGCAAGUUGGGCUGACAAUAUACCAAUAUGAACGGGACUUGGACACAUAUGUUGCCAAUGGCUACACAUUCCAUCUAUGUCCUCAAGUAUUUGGAAAUAUUGACCAGUCAUUCAUAUUCCAAGCGUCAACUUUGAAGUUCCUAUGUAAGCACAAAUUCAAUUUUAAUAAGUUCCUGUAUGAGGGAAUCCCCUACCUCAGUAAAGUAGAAGAGAACAGAAUCCAACAACAAAUUAAGGAUAAGACAUUAUUUGCUAAUCUCAUUCAAGACUUGGAAAUGACUGAUGAGAAAAUCAUACAAAACUAUUGUUCUGAUGUUUCCAAAUGGCUGAUCAAAAGCGAAGAAGACACAAUGUAUUUGGAUGUAGAGAAUCCAGUGCUACGAUAUAUAAUUCACAAUGAAAUCAGGUUACGCUUCCCCGAAGUGCUCACCACCGAUAGCUUAGGUAAUAGCAAUAAGGUACUUGUAUACAGAAAUAAAGACAUCCAAGGUGCCAAUAGUGCACCAAUGGCGAUAUUAGAAGAUAAUCUGUUGAGACAUAUACUGGGAUUUUCACAAAUCAUUUCAUUAUUGAAAACGGAACGGAAGCCUCUCAUUGGACACAAUAUGUUUUUGGACACAGUACUCCUGCAUAAUCAGUUUAUUGGUCCAUUGCCACAGAAGUACUCUACUUUCAAGAAGAACAUACAUGAUGUGCUCCCAAUAAUAUUUGAUACAAAAUACAUUUCUCAUGUAAUGAAGAAUAACUUAUCUUUUGAUGAGAUGUGGAAAUCUAAUUCACUGCAAGAUUUAUACGAAUUCUUCUCAGAAGGCAAAUGUAAGAAACUAGAACACGGAGUGAACCUGAUCAGACUGAGCACUCCGUUCGACGUCAAGCAGAGUUACCACGAGGCCGGCUGGGACUCUUACUGCUCAGGGUACUGCUUCAUCCGCCUCGGACACUGGGCCGCGUGCGAGAACAGCGGCGCCUACCGGCCGCUGGGCCCGCGUCAGCAGCUGGCCGCGCUCGCGCCGCACUGCAACAAGAUCAACGUCAUCCGGGGCGCCAUCGCCUACAUGAACCUAGCCGGACCAGACCCUCCGAGUCAUAGGCCCGAUUUCUUAUACGUGAAAUCUUUAAAAGAACGAGUAAUCAAUGUCGGAAAGGUGGCGUCUGUGCUGACUGGGAUCGGCUCGGUGGAUGUCAAGCCUUAUGGCAGGAGGACAGCGCUGGUUGCAACCGCCUCCAAUUAUACUGUGGAAAAAAUAUUGAAACAUUUCAAUGACAGCAGAGAGUAUCAGAUAACCAAGUUCACAGUCUACAGGCAUUCGCCGCUAAGCCAAGUCGUGUUUUGGGGCGGCGCGCUGAUCACUGGUGGCUUGGUUCUCCUACUAGUACAUAAAAAAGUAAAAUAACAAUCAUGUAGAUACUUAAAUUGAAUUUGCAGGCUUGCUGUCAACUCUUAGCGUGAUUCAGUUAACAUAAACAGUUCUGCAUAGCAAAUACGUGUCUUAAUGUUAAUAUUUAGUACUGAUUCCACAUUGGGGGUGUUUCUCAGAGCGUUUUCUCCGCGGAUUCCUACAUCUAUUUUCUUGAUGGAGGAAUCAUUUACAAAAUUGAUAUUACUACAAUACAGUUGAAUUAUUUCAAAGUCAGAUAAUAAAACUUAUUCUUGUCUUUGUAAGAAUGACUAAUUGUAAACCACCUUGGGGCAUUCGAAUCAAAUUGGUUGUCCAAGUGUUCAAGGUAUUUGCUUAUAAAAUCAGGCGACUCGCAUGCUCGUUUGCCAACUUUUUUUAAAUUCUAGCCUGUAGGAGUUGUGUCCCACUGCUGGGUAAAGGCCUUUCCCUUAUUGUUCCACUCAUCUCUCUCCAUAGCAAGUUCCGUUAGCCAACUAUGCCAUAAAAAAAUGCAUUCAAUCUCGGGUUCCUAAAUUAAUCUCUAUUAGAAAAAAGUUGAUGGUAGGCCAGCGGUUAUUAGUUUAUUUAAGUGCCAUAAUGGAAGCAAUCGUUGUACAUACCUCAAAAUAUUUAUCGUUACUUGUACAGAUAAAUAUAAACAUUUGUUAGAU